AUGGCAGGAAGUAGUGAGGAUGCGGCGAACUCCACGUCGGGAUUCGUCACAGCGCUGAUCUUGUACGGCAUCCUGUUCGUGAUAUACAUAAUCCUUUUCAUUCGCCUGAGACCCCGCCAGGAACGGGUGUACCAGCCACGUUCCAUCAAGGACAUCAUCACAAUUCGCGAAGAGGAACGCACGGAACCGGUCCCCAAUGGCUACUUUACUUGGGUUCGCUAUUUGAUGUCCAAACCACACUCUUUCCUCAUCCAGCACACAGGCCUCGAUGGUUACCUGUUUCUGCGUUACAUCGCCGUUUUUGGUUCGCUGUCACUCGUUGGAUGUAUCAUCAUUCUGCCCAUUUUACUUCCGGUCAACGCGACCAACGGUUAUAACUUGAAGGGAUUCGAGUUGCUAGCCUUUGCGAACGUGAAAAACAACAAGCGGUUCUACGCUCAUGUCUUUUUGUCAUGGAUUUUCUUCGGCAUAGUGCUCUACACCAUUUACCGUGAAUUGUACUAUUACGUAUCACUCAGACAUGCUGUUCAAACGAGUCCCUUUUACGACGGACUCGUUUCGUCCAAGACUGUGGUGCUCACAGACCUUUCUUCGGAUUUGCGCAACGAAUCAGAAAUUCAGCGCAGGUUCGAAAACUGUUCUAGAGUUGUUUUUGUCCACGACAACACCGAGCUCCAGAAACUCGUCGCCGAACGUACUAAACUUGCUUCCAAAUACGAAGGUGCCAUGAACAGUGUCAUCAGAAAGUCUUUGAAAAUAAGAAGAAAAGCUGAGAAGAAAGGAAAACUCGAUGAACUCAUUGGCAGCAAACCUGAAGACGAUCUACAGACCUACAUUCCUCAAAACAAGAGACCAAAGUUCCGCUUGGGUAAAAUUCCUUUGCCAUUUAUUGGUGGCCAGAAAGUGGACACUUUGGAAUACUGCAGCAAGCGGAUUGGAGAACUCAAUGAAGAAAUUGAGCAACAACAACAAGCGUGGGAUACCCGCGACAAAGUUGGGGCUUGUUUUAUGGAGUUCAAGGGCCAAUUGGAUGCUCAGCGUGCUUACCAGUCCGUGAAAUACAUUCUAGACAAAGGUUCUUACGACAAGUGCUUGAUCGGAACAUCUCCUGAUGAUAUCACGUGGAGUACUCUUGGCAUGUCCAAACACGUCAGACGCUCCAAGCGUGGUGCGGCUAAUACGGUGCUGACCUUGAUGAUUAUCUUUUGGGCCAUCCCUGUGGCGUUUGUGGGUUUUGUUUCGAACAUCAAUUUCUUGAUUAAAGCUUUGCCGUUUUUGAGGUUCAUCAAUAACUUGCCCAAAGUUCUCCUUGGUUUGAUCACGUCGAUUCUACCCACCGUGUUGCUUGCCGUCUUAAUGUCCUUGGUGCCAAUCUUCAUAAAGAAAUUAGGGUCCAUCAGCGGUUGCAGCAGUAUACAGGAGCAAGAGCUGUACUGUCAAGCCUGGUAUUAUGCUUUUCUAAUCGUUCAGGUUUUCAUUGUUGUUACUUUGGCUUCCUCAGCUUCUUCCACAGUCAGUGCAAUUAUCGAUGACCCAGGCUCAGCAAUGACGCUCCUGGCUCAAAACCUGCCCAAGGCCUCGAAUUUUUACAUUGCUUACUUCUUGCUUCAAGGUUUGGUUUUCCCCAGUGGCGCUUUGCUACAAAUUGUUGGCCUCAUUCUCAGCAAGGUUUUAGGAAGGAUCUUGGACUCAACGCCCAGACAAAAGUGGACCAGGUACAAUACUCUAGCAAAACCAAGUUGGGGCGUUGUUUUCCCUAAUAUCGAGUUCAUGGUUUGCAUUUUUAUCUGUUACGCCCUUAUUGCACCCAUUUUGAUGGUUUUCUCAACCCUGGCCCUCGGUCUAUUCUACUUAGCCUACACCUACAACCUGAACUACGUCUUCGGGUUUUCGUUUGAUAUGAGGGGCAGAUCAUACGGAAGAGCCUUAUUUCAGGUAUUCCUCGGCCUUUACUUGUCAGAAAUCUGCCUACUAGGGCUGUUUAUUAUGGCUAAAACCUGGGGGCCUCUUGUAAUCGAGGCUGUUUUCAUCGCAUUCACCGUGCUGUGCCACUUGUACUUUCAAAGAAGGUUUAUUCCAUUGUUUGAUGCUGUACCUUUGAGCGCCAUCAAGUACGCGAGAGGUGAAAGCACCUACUUUUACCCCGCAAAGGAUCAGGGUCUCAGCGAAAUAAAGGGUACUGGUGAGGAGCUCAAGCGCAAGCUGGACGAAAGCGAAACUGGCGGUGUUAUCCAGCCAGCAACGUCUGCCGAUCUCAAGAAAGCUGGCAUUCUCUCCGACGACGACGACGCAGAAAUGGAAAAAGAACUUGAUUCCGAAAGAAAGCGCCAAUCGUCCAGCUCUAGUAAAGAAAAUGCCAAUCCAGAAGAGCCCAAUUUCGUUCCUGAAGACGAAGAGUUUCACAAGUACAGUUACAAGGAUGUGCAAGACCUGAAUACCAACGACAAGAUCAAACAUGAAAUUGAUGCCAACGGCGCUGUCGUGACAAAUGCGGACGCAGGUAACGUCUUUUCUGAUGCCAAUGCCGUCACAAAGGAUCCUCGUGCUUUCCCACCAGACGUUCCAUACCACAGAGGAUGGAAAGAAAGAAUCGCGUACGUUUUCCAGCCACACAAAAGCUAUGAGUUUUCUACUGUGCGCAAGAGCCUGCCGUACGUGCUAAACUCAACUGUGAAGUACGACAAGGACUUUUUGGAAACCGCGUACACAGAUCCUUCGGUUACAGACCCUGCGCCAAAGCUAUGGAUUGCGCGUGAUCCUCUUGGACUUUCGACUCAGCAAAUCUUACUCGCCAGAACGCACGGUGUCGAGGUCAGUGAUGAGUUUACCGGUUACGAUGAAAAGAGCAGGUCUACAUUCUCAUUCCACCCACCGGAUUACGAGCCUGUGGCUAGACGCUGA